UGCGAGACGAAACAAUCCGUCAUCCACAAACAAACCGUCGGCCUUCUCCCUCGCCUCACGCGCUGCGUUCCUGUCGGAAGACCUAACCGGCCUACCUCGUCCGCUCCGACGCCCCCCGGGGUCGCCGGCCGCGACUCCCUCUCUCGCUUCGUCCUCCUCUCUUCUAUCCUGGUUCUCCGUUUCCGGGCCACCCCGCACCAGGUCAUCGCCACCACAGAGAUGGUUAUGCCUAUAGUUAGGCCGUCAAGAAUCCCCGGCUUCCUCAAGCCAUAUGUGCUGAAGAUGCAUAUCACUGACAAGCAUGUCAGUGCCCAGGUUAUCCACACCCCUACCACCGAGGUCGCCGUGUCAGCAAGCUCACAAGAAAAGUUGCUGAGGCCAAGCAUUGGUUCCACCCGAGAUGUCGCUGCAGCGGCCAAGAUCGGGAAGCUACUGGGCGAGCGUUUGCUGCUCCGGGGCAUCCCUGCUGUUUCUGUGUUCUUGAAGAAGGAGCAAAAAUACCAUGGAAAGGUCAAGGCCGUCAUAGAUUCCAUGAGAGAUGCUGGUGUCAAGCUGCUUUGAGGUCUUCCAUGGCUGUCAUCGAGCAUAUCUCAGGGGAAUGAUGAUGUUACUGUAAAUAUGCAACUUCUCCAGCGAGGCGGUAAUCAUCAGAACGGUCUGCUUUGAGAUUGUUGUCGAAUCACAAUACAUCGUUUGAUGGAGAUGAACUUUUAAGUGAUUAUUACAUCUAAAUAAAAAGAAUAUGAUAAGAUAAAUUAGGAGA